AUGGUGAAAAUCAAAAAUCGAUACUAUGUGAUUCGAAUGAUCACCAACGACGGCUCUCAACCAACUCCUCACAAACCACUCAUCUUUAGAGAAUUAAUGAAACUCGCCGCAGAAAUGUUCGGCGAUUUUGGAUAUUCCAUUCUUAAAAUGAGCCUUUCAGUACGAGUUCUCGAUGAAGAUGUUAUAGUUCUACGAGUGGCUGAAGGCGGAAACAAGUACUUCGGAGCGAUUCUUCCCUGUGUUCACAAGAUUGACAAGCAACCAAUGGUACUGCAGACCAUUUUUAUUGGUCGGAGCAUGCGAUCUUGUGAAAAACGAUUAAUCAAGAUUAGGCAAGAUGAAUUGCAUUCUGCGCUCAAACAGUGCACAACUACUGAAACUCGAAUUCAAAUUCUGGGAGCGAUCAAGGAUAUCUGCGGAAACUGCGGGCCAACUCGAAUUUUCUCAGACGAACAGCGGAAAGAUCAAUCGAACAGCUAA